AUGCCUGUGCCUCGUCUAACCACAAAACUCUUACGAUCGAGAUGCUUCUCAACCUCGAUAUCAAGGCAUUCAUAUGAAGACACAGUCCAAAACCUGAAGAUUGGCAAACAUACCAGAGUCUUAUACCAAGGAUUUACUGGAAGAGUCGCAACACAGAAUGCCAAGGAAUCACUCGAGUACGGUACUAAUAUCGUUGGUGGUGUAAAACCAGGAGGCAGUGGAGAACACCUGGGCUUACCGGUUCUUCCUACUGUCAGAGAGGCAAAGGAACAGCUGAAGCCUGAUGCUACUGCGAUCUACGUGGCUGCUCCUCAUGCGGGAAAAGCUAUCGAGGAAGCCAUCGAGGCAGAGAUUCCUCUGAUUGUUGCCGUAGCCGAGCAUAUCCCUCUCCAUGAUAUCUUACGGAUCAUGUCGAUGCUGAAAACACAAUCCAAAAGUCGAUUAGUCGGCGCAAAUGCUCCAGGUAUCAUAUCAGCAAUUGGCCAUUGCAGGAUAGGCUUCCAACCGCUUCCAACAUUCUCCCCUGGCCAUGUCGGAAUUGUAGCAAAGUCAGGCACUUUAAGCUACGAAACUGUCGCCUCGAUAACUCGUGCUGGUCUCGGUCAGAGUCUGUGUAUCGGCAUGGGCGGCGACGUCGUAGCAGGCACAAACUUUGUGGAUGCUUUGCGAGUUUUCGAGACCGAUCCUGAUACCCAAGCCAUAGUUCUUGUUGGAGAAGUUGGAGGUACUGCUGAGUUGGAGGCUGCAGACUGGAUCAAGGACUACCACCGUCGCGAAAAGAACCCAAAACCCAUAGCUGCCGUUGUUGGAGGCAGAACGGCCCCUCCUGGUCGAGUAAUGGGUCAUGCUGGUGCUUGGGCUGGUGUUGGCGAGCCCACCGCUGAGGAGAAGUACAAGAUCUUGCAAGAUGCAGGUGUCGCCAUGGUCGACCACCCCGAGAAGUUCGGCAACGUCAUGAAAGGCUUGUUGAAGCAAGCUGGAAAGGACGUGAGCAAGAUCCAACAAUCCGCUGCUGCUAACCAGCGAAGAGGCAUGCACACCAUGAGACAGCUGCGACCAAGCAUUACCACGCAAGCUUCAAGGUCCGGCCUGAAUCAGCAGCGAAACUUGCACCUUCGCAAUCAAAAAGCGGUUGAUCACCUUAACAAGUCAUUAGAGGGCUUCAACAUCUUCGAAGAGACUCCCAACAAUGCAGACAGCGUGUACUUGAGUAUCUCGGUAGACCGCUCUGACCGCUCACCUUGCAUCAUCGCCUCUCCAUCUACAAACCCUCGUAAACUCCACCAUCGUCUACGUCGCUUCCCCUUCUCCUAUCUCGAGGGUCCGGACCAGGAAACCAUUCUCGCAGCCAUCCGACAUCUCCAACUCGACGCUGCACCACCAGCCGCUCACGCCCAAACCGCAAAACUAAUCUCCAAACUCGCAGACUUGUAUCGCGAGCAAGAAGCCGUGAGUCUAGCCGUCAACCUCUCAAUCUCCCCUUCAGGAACCUUGAACCUCUCCCAACCUCAACUCUUCUACGACGACGCAGCCUUCAAAUCCAACAAGAGACAUCCCGAGCUCCACGCUCUACGCGAUAUAUCCAGCGAACCCGCCGUCGAAGUCGAAGCCGAAAAGUCCGGCAUCGUAUUCGUGAAACUGCACCCAGACGACUCCGAAGCAAACAUCGGGACAUUGGUAAACGGAGCAGGACUAGCCAUGAACACAGUCGACGCCCUCGCCCUCCCCCCUCACAACGGCAAAUGUGCAAACUUCCUCGACACAGGCGGAAAAGCAACUUCGGAAACCGUAAAAACAAGUUUUGAACUCAUCCUCAGGGAUCCGCGCGUCAAAGUGAUCUUCGUGAAUAUCUUUGGUGGAUUGACGGAUUGUGGUAUGAUUGCCGAUGGGGUUAUUAUGGCGUUUGAACAGGUGGAUAUGCAAGGCAAACCGGUGGUUGUGAGGUUAAGAGGCACUAAUGAGGAGGUGGGCCAGAAGAAGAUCGCUGAGAGUGGGUUGCCGCUUGAGGCCUUUGAUGGCUUUCAUGAAGCUGCCCAGAGAGUUGUUGAGUUGGCUGGGAAGCCGUGA